AUGAAAAGCUUUUUUGUUAUAUGGUUUUUAUUAUUAAAACAAUGCAUUAAAGUUUUUGGAUCAGAAAAUACAAGAAAUGGAUUAAUUGAAGAAGCAGAAAUAGCAGCAAAUACAUCACUUUUAUGGGGUCCUUAUCGGCCAAAUCUUUAUAUGGGAAUUCGAAGUCGAGAUCCAAAAGCAAUCUUGGCUGGUAUAAUGUGGGCAGGAUUAGAUAAUUACAUACAAAUAUGGGAUAUAAGGCAUACUUGUGAACAGAAUGACAAUAUGGAGAUGUAUGGAUGGCAAGAAUUUGAUGUGAGAACAGGUGGCCGUCAAAUUAUAAAAGAUAAAGAUAUAGAUAUUGAAAUUGUGACCGAAUUUGUUAAAGUGUAUACAGAGAAACAAGCUGGAAACUGGGGUCUGCGUAUUAAAGGAAAACCUAAAAAAGCUGGUUCCAAAACAUCUAUUUUUUUUUAUGUAGUAUCCAAUGAAAAUGAAAUAAAAUUGGAUUCUAAACUUGAAAAACAUGGAAUCAAAGGAAGUGUAAUUCUGAGUGACAAAACAUCAAAGAAAUUCACCAUUGAGAUCACACAAGGCCCUAAUACAAAUAUAUAUCCAUCAUAUAAUCAUUCUAUUGCAAAUGAAAAACACCUUAAUCGAUCCAUGUAUUUUAGUAUGAUGGUACCUAAAGAAAAUAUUUGGAUGGCAAAAGAUUUGCUACUUUCUACUAUAGAUAAAAAUAUAGAAAACAAUUAUCAAAAAUAUAAUCAAGAUAUUCCACCUCCUGCUCUUUUUUACACAUUACCAAAUAUAGAUGGGCAAGGAAACCUUCAUUUUGUUCAAAAAAUAUUUCAAGGAUCUUUUGAAUUUGAUAUAUUGUAUUCUUCAUUAGAUGACCCUAUAACUAGUCAUCAGCUUAAAAAUAGAAUUACUUCUAAUUCAGAAUUAUUUAAAAAAAGAUUUGCAAAAAUAUUUCCCUUUACAUAUCCAUUUAAUUCAAAUAAAUAUACAAAAUUUGCACAAACCCUUCUUUCAAAUCUUUUAGGGAAUAUAGGCUAUUUUUAUGGUGAUUCUAUUGUUGAUAGAUCAUACAUUUAUGAAUAUGAAGAAACUUUUCAAGAAUAUAAUUUAGAAAAAUCUCCGCAGGUAGAAGGACCAUUUUCAUUAUUUACAGCUACACCUAAUAAGUCUUUCUUUCCAAGGGGAUUUUAUUGGGAUGAAGGGUUUCAUCUUUUACUUAUUGGGUCUUGGGAUAAUGAUUUAAGUCUUGAAAUAAUAAAAAGUUGGCUUUCUUUAAUGGAUGAUGAUGGAUGGAUUGCUAGAGAGCAAAUACUUGGUGAUGAAGCUAGAAGUAAAGUACCUAAAGAAUUUAUAGUUCAAUAUUCUCAUUAUGCUAAUCCACCAACUAUGGUUUUACCUAUAGUUUCUUUUCUUGAAAAAUUAAAUCAUAGUAAAAAUGAAACUGAAGAUCCACAAGAAAAUAUAUAUUCUAAAUAUAUAAAAUACCCAGAAUUAGCUAUUGAUUAUUUAAAAAAAAUAUAUCCUCUUCUUCGUCGUCAAUAUAAUUGGUAUAGAAGAACUCAAAAAGGUGAAAUAAAAAAAUGGAAUAGACAAGCAUUUUCUCUUGAAGAAGGCUAUAGAUGGCAAGGGUGUACUUCUACACAUUGUUUUACUAGUGGUUUAGAUGAUUAUCCAAGACCAUAUCCUCAUAAUGGAGAAUUACAUUUAGAUUUGUUAUCAUGGAUGGGACUUUUUACAAAAACAUUAAAAUCAAUUGCAGAAAAAAUUGGUUAUAAAAAAGAUGUGGAAGAAUAUAUAAUUAUUGAAAAAGCAAUUAUUAAAAAUAUUGAUGAUUUGCAUUGGAAUGAUGAGCAAAAUGCAUAUUGUGACUCUACAAUAAAUCAAGAUACGAGUAUCCAUGAAUGCCAUAUUGGUUAUAUUACUAUUUUUCCUCUCUUAACGGGCCUUUUACCAGCAUCAUCAUCACACCUUGAUAAAUUACUGGAUAUAAUGUAUUCUCCAGACCAUUUAUGGUCUCCGUAUGGGCUCAGAAGUCUUUCAACUAAAAAUCCAUACUUUGAAAAAGAUGAAAAUUACUGGAGAGGCCCUGUUUGGAUAAACAUCAAUUACAUGGCACUUUCUAGUUUAUAUAAAAAUUACAUUAAUACACCUGGUUUAUAUCAAGAAAAAGCAAAAAAAAUAUACAAUGAACUGAGAAUGAAUUUAGUUAAUACGGUAUUUAAUGAAUGGAAACGCACUAACUUCGUAUGGGAACAGUACAAUCAAACAUCAGGAGUUGGUCAACGUACAAAGGGAUUUACCGGAUGGACAAGCCUAAUCGUUAACAUUCUAUCUGAAAAAUAUUAA